AUGGCUAAUUCGGUUAAUUAUCACGUUCUUGAAUCAGAAAUGGAUUCCAUGCUCCAUGAUACCGACGACGCAACACUUAAAGAGGAAACACAUUCACACUCGAUAGGCAUGCGUAAAACACCAAUGAAAAGCAUUAUCAUCAUGGUGCUGUCUAUUGUGCUCGUUUUGUUAAUUUUAGUCGUAAUCGGUGUUUUAUCUGUAACAUAUUUAAAUUGUCAGGAUGAGAAACCAAAAAUUAUUGUUGUCCUAGUUGACGGUUUGCGUUGGGAUUUGUACAAUGUGUCUAUGUCAGCACUGAAAUCAGUUGCAGAGAAUGGUGUCAGAGCUGAAUCAAUGGUGCCAACGUUUCCGAGUUUAUCUUCUCCAAAUAUGUACAGUAUUGCAACUGGACUGUUCAGUGAAAGCCAUGGAGUUGUGCAUAAUCUUGUCUUUGAUGUUGAAAAUAAAACUCAGUCGCAUUCUUUUGAAGAGGGGCUGACUGUUGACUAUUGGUGGGACCAGCCUGGUGUGGAGCCACUCUGGAUUACUGCUCGUAGAGCUGGUUUCAAAACAGGCACAAUUAUGUAUCCCGGAGGAAGUGUGUCCAUAAAAGAAAUGCGUCCAAAUAAAAAUGUGUUUUAUUCGUUUAAUGCCACUAUGAAAGAUGGUGUGGAUAUAGCGAUUGAAUGGUUAAUCGAUGAUGACCUUGAUUUGGUAUUCCUUUAUAAUACUUCGCUUGAUGACACCUUGCAUCAAUAUGGUGUGAAUUCACCGCAAGCAGAUGCCGUUGUCAAAGAAAUGGAUGACGGGUUAGGAUAUUUAUUGCAGAAAUUAGAAAACCAUACAUUAGCGAACUCAGUUAACGUUAUCGUUGUUAGUGAUCAUGGACAUCAUAACAUCACUGAAGUUGUCCCAUUGUUUGGGCGUGGCGUAAACAGAGACGAUUUUGAAUUUUAUCUUGAGGUUUAUGGACCUAUGACGCUACUUCAGCCGAAGGAAGAAAAAAUGGAUGAUGUCUAUGAGACAUUAAAGAAAAUAGAGCAUUUUCAUGUCUACAAAAAGGAGGAGAUUCCGAAAGACUUACACUAUCGCAAUAACGAGCGAAUUCCAUCAAUGCUCAUACUUGGUGACCUGGGCACGGUCUUGAAUGUGGGCUUGAAUUCAUCUUCAACUGUACGUUCCACGCACGGAUGGAACUCGUCGUACAUGGAGAUGCAUUCAGUGUUCUAUGCCCAAGGACCUGCAUUUAAAGAAGGAUUCAUGUCUAAAUCAUUUACAAAUGUUGAUGUCUAUCCAUUGAUGUGCAAAAUCCUUGGUGUCACACCACGGCCGAAUAACGGUACUCUGGACAUUGUACAAAAUAUGUUAACAACAUAAAAUUAUUGUACUACGCGCUGUAUUUGCUCUGUUAGUAACACAUACAUUUCCGUAAAUGACAGAGUGUUGAUGUCAUGAUAAUGAUCCAGGAUAAAUAACAUUUUUGUCCUGUGUGCUUUCGUUGCAGAUGUGCUUCUAAUAGAGCAAAUAGUAUUUUUUGUUAUAUGACCUGGUGAUGGACACUUGCAAUUUACUUAAACAUUGCCAUUGUUUCCUUCCUGUGAAGUUUUAGGAUUCCAUGGCCUGAUCAACACGAUUACUCCACCCAAAUCAUUGUUAUUGUUAUGACUCCUGCCUGUGAAGUUUUCAAGAUUCCAUGGCCUGAUCAUGGACAUACUACCAAAGGAUGAACCACUGAGUUAAGAGAUUACAAAAAUGGCUGUAAGAUUUUAGCAGCGUGAAGUUAGCAUUAGCAUCGUAUUGGUAUCGGAUUCACAGUAUACCAAAAUAAACAUUUUCAGAAUUUUCGCAUAAUCAUAGUAAAACUAGAAUUGAUCACAUUUUGAGGAUGAUAUACAGAGCUGAUAGUAUGGUGAUUGUUCAGCUUGUCUGGUCAACUCUUUCUCUACUCCAAUUGCAUGUAUACCUGGUACAUGCAUUUCUUUGGUGAACCUCUGAGAUUUUUUGAUAUGUUCAAUUCUCUAUUUAAUAACUAUUUUUGUCUUUUUUUUGGGAUUAAGAUGCUAUUUUUGACUUCUUGUCUGCUACUGCAGUUGCUUUGUAUAUGUGUACUUUGGGUGGAUCUUUAUUGGAUUUGAAUAUUUUGUG